AUAUAAUCAAGACAUUUACCUGGCUCUUUAAAUCAGUGUGGGUAAAGAAUUCAUGAUGAUGGAAAAUAAAAAGUUGUUUACAUUUACCUCAUUUCUGAAAAGUCAUGGGCCACUGGCAAGUUAAGAAACGAAAGUGAAAUCAGCUGAUAGUGACAUCAGUCAGAACAAAUGUACCAAAGUUCAGAGAGUUGUUUACUAGGCACGACAGCGAAUGCAAGGGGGCACCAGCUCAGGACUGCAUCUGCCUGCCAUUUCGCUUCCAUUCCUCCUUUCUGGAGUCGGACAUUAGAAAGCCAGGGAGAAGGAAGAUUCAAACAACCAACCCUGAUUUCCUGCUCCUCCUUUUCAUGAGUGCUCCUGUGGGCUCUGUACCUCCUUUCUCCGCACCCAUGAACACGCUGAUCUUCAAUGUGUUGUGCCAGAAAUAUUUUACCCAGGACUGGUGGCCUCCAACACCCUUGUUCUAUGCCCAGGUCCCCCGGCAGAGGGCAGGAGAGAUGGCCAGCCCAAGGCCUCGGUGGGGCGACCUGCUGCUGUUCGUGAGCAUCAUGGUCCUCACGGUUGUGGUCAUCUCCCUGAUGUUCUACGCUCUCCUCUGGAAGGCUGGCAACCUCACUGACCUGCCCAACCUGAGAAUCGGCUUCUACAACUUCUGCUUGUGGAAUGAGGACACCGGCGCCCUACAGUGUCACCAGUUCCCUGAGCUGGAGGCCCUGGGGGUGCCUCGGGUUGGCCUGGCCCUGGCCAGGCUUGGCGUGUAUGGGGCCCUGGUCCUCACCCUCUUUGUGCCCCUGCCUCUCCUCCUAGCCCGGUGCAACAGUGACGAGGGAGAGUGGAGGCUGGCAGUGGGCUUCCUGGGUGCAUCCUCCAUGCUACUGGCUGGCGGCCUGGGCCUCUUCCUCUCCUAUGUGUGGAAAUGGGUCAGGCUCUCCCUCCUGGGGCCUGGGUUUCUUGCUCUGAGCAGCGCCCAGGGCUUACUCAUCCUCUUGCUCAUGGCCACAACUGUGUUCCCUCUGAGGGCUGACAGAGCUAAAAGCGAGCUUCAGAGCUGCUAAACGCUUAUGUGAUUGCAAGGGUUCAGUUCCAGCCACGCUCAGAGGUGGCACAUCUUUUCAGCCAUCUCAUUUUAUAGCUAAUACUGAUCUCCAGCUCCAGCAGAUGGAACCCACUACAGAGGUGGGGACCCCACAUCAAGGAGGCCAAGGGACACCAAGGGCAGCCAGAGCACCUGUGGCUUCUUAGUGUAGGAUUGUCUGUCCUUCAGGACAUCCAAGGCUUCCAAAGACUCCCUAAAACCAUGCAGCUCAUUGUCAUAGCAAUUUCUGCUUUAAUUAAUGGAUCUGAGCAAAUCUUCCUCUAGCUUCAGGAGGGAAUGAUUCCCAUCAUAAGGCCAGACGUCCAGGCUGAUUUGCAAAAUGCCAAACUGAAAUCUAGCGAAGAUUUAUGGCAACAAAUGAGGAUAUUUAAAAAAAAAAGUGAGCACCUCAGCGUCCCGGGGGCCCUGAUUAGGGAGCUUCCACCAGGCCCACCAUGGGGAGUGGGCUGCCAUGAGCCACCACUGGGACUCCACUUCCACAGGCCCAGGAAUGAUCUCUGAGUGACUCGACAAAGACAGGACACAUGGGGCACAAAGAGAAGCCUUAGUUGCUUCAAAGCUUCCCUGGACCUGAAGCCUGAUAGAGCAGAUGCAUCUGCCGGCAAAUCACUCCCAUGAUGAGACCCAGGGGGACACCAAAUCAGUGUGAACGGGACGGGACGGUUGUACACAUACAAAUGCUGCCACCCUCCACUUUCCAACCAGGGCCUGGAAAGGACAUUGACACAACUUACACACUGGGGAAUGUUGUGUAUUUUCCAGCGCCUGUGUAUCGGAAAACCUGUAUGGCAAAUGAUUUACUCAUCUACGCCCGUCCAAGGCCACAUUGAAAACAGAGGCAGAAACAUGGACUCAGGUGUGAUCUCGUCUUCAGUGUCUCUUCUGGGCUGUCCCUCUUGCUUUAUAGCUAACUGCCUGGGGACCAAGGUACCGGUGAAAGCAAGGUAGCAGCUUGGGGGAAGAGGCCUGUCUGGCUUACCAGUCUGUACGCUGUGGCCUCAAGCUCCCAGACAGGGCAGAGAACUGUGGGUAGCUCGUUUGCCUUCUAGGCUGGCUGGAGGGGUGGGAGCUCAUUGAUUGACUGACCAUGAUAGAAACUAUUUUUUAAACAGGCUUCCUCCUUCAGGAGAGAUUAUGCGGACUAAACUGUAGCAAUUCCAGGGC